ACUGCAGCGUCCUAUCUCAUUCCAGUAGUUGUCAACGUCAACAGUGGGUCUCUAUUUGAGUGGGAAAUUAUUUACAGCAAGUUCUAAUCGUUUGCAAAGCACCAAAAAAAUCCGUUAUAAUGUUACAUAAACAUCCUAAGAUGAUGACAAUCGUGGUAUUAAUUGGCAUAUGUGCAUGCUGUUUUAAAGAUUCUUUAGCCAGACAUAACCCAUAUACACCAACUCAAUAUCAGAAAAAGAUUGCUCAAGGAUUUUCCACGAACUAUUUCAAAACCCUCAAUUUCGAUAAGUACAACAAGAAAAACUUAGAUGAUGUUUACGAACGAGGUUUCCGUAAUUUACGAUUACGAUGUAGAGCAGAUCUUGAUAAUUUGAACAUGGCUGUCUUUUUAAACAAUUUAGAAACUGUCGUGGACGAUUGUCUUGCUACGAACAUUGCUCCAAUAGUUUCUUGGAUCCAUCACGAUGCCGAAGCUUUCGCUACUGAAUCACAUCGAACAAAAUAUUUGGAGUGGUGGACUAGUGUUGCUGAAAAGUUGAAAGAUAAAGACUACAGACUUUCAUUCAAUCUAUUUACAGAACUUGGAGUUGACUUAUGUGAAAAUGCAUGCGCAGAAAGUCUUAGAGAAAACACAGCAAAAUACAACGAUUGGACAUCUGCUGUCGUAAAAAAGAUAAGAGAAUCUGGCGGAAAAAAUGCUAAAAGGAUCGUUAUUCUAGGUUCUCCUAAAAAAACUGCAAAAGGGUUAGAAGAAAUAGACCAAAACAUUUAUAAAAACGAUCAUUAUAUGAUGGCAGAGUGGCAUAUCUAUGCAUCCGGACCAAAUAAAAAACUAAUAAACGACGGAAAUCCAGGUCAAAAAUAUUGGGCUGGUACUGGAGACAAUUUUGGAAAAAGCAAUAUCAUGACUGCAAUUGGAUAUGCCAACUAUUUUACAUCAUUUUACAAUUUGACCACUUAUCUUGGUGCUUGGAUGCCACAAGCUAAUGAAUUCGGGGACUUGAAUCAAACGGAAAUCAUUAAUUUUGGAAAAUAUUUUGUCCAAGUAGUCAAACCGAUCCCUUGGUCCAUGAAUGUUCUUGAUAUAUACUACGAUACAAAGAACAGCAAUUGGAUAUUGAAUGAACAGGUUAUCAAAGGUCAGACAUUAAAUAUGUCACGAGUUCUGGAUGACAUUAUAUCGGUUAUGUAAUGAAUUCAAAGAGACAUUCCUUCUUCCAUGGUAUUUACAUGCUCAUAUGAGCACUGAAGACAUUCAUAAUAAUUAAAUCAUUUAUUCCAUAUUCAAUAACUUUCCGAGGAAAAUUUAUAAUACUGCUAAGAAAUGAAGUUCCUAGUGACAUAUCAUACUGAACAAAUAAACUAGAAACACGAAGUGUGCAGUAUUUUUGAAAAGCAGAAAUUUUAAAAAAGAAAAUUAAGGUACUUCAAACGUUCUGCAAUUUUUAUAAACAAAUAAAAACGUUUAUUGUAUCCACUAAAAGAAAGUUAAAAGUCAUCAGUGACGUCAUAAAAUUAAAAAUUGUACAUGUUAGUUGUCUCUAUAUUGAAGAGUGUCUUUGAUAUAUUAUGAGGUUUUCUAACCCAGAGUUUUUCUUAUAUGAUUCAAUAUUAUUUCUCUUUUUUCUUAUUUGCUGUUUUGUCAUAUGAUUUAGAUUAGUUUUACUUGGUGUUUUCUGAUGCAGUAUUUUUCUCAUGUAGAUUCAUAUAUUUUAACUUCUCUCAUGUAUCAGCUUUAUUUCCAUAAUGUCAACGAAUAUAUUUUCGUAUCAUAUAAUGGAGUGCGGGUUUUUUUACUGCGAAAGAACAUUCAUUCUUGGGGUACCAAUUUUUGUGGUUUUCGUGGAUGGCUUUAUCCACGAAUUUAAAUGUCCAACGUAAUAUAACAACUGUUGUUUUAUUCCAGACAUUUAAAGAUCCCCAUGUAGGUUCGACUACAUGGAUUCUUUCAUAUUAGCCAACGCAAUAUGAACUAAAUAUACACUUUUUGUACAACUUCAGACCGGAUUUUACACAUUUAAUCUUUGAAAAUCUAAAAUGUACGUCUGCUAACCUUUUAAUUCUCUUUGAGUUCUACAAUUCAAAGUACAUUUGAAGAAUUAUCUUAUAUGUAACCGUUUUCGUUAGUGACAUGUUCAUGGCCCAGUUAAUACCUUUGAUGACCGUAAACAUGUUCAUCAUUCAUUCGGGAGAUAAUAUGUGUCAUAUAUAACUUCUGAACUGUUUACGCUGUAUUUUCCUUCAAUCGAGACAAUUUUUAAGCAUAGAUGAAUCAGCUUAUUUCCAAAAGCUGUUAGAAAUGAAAGAAAACAAGUGAGUGAAAACGAACACUUUAUUUUACAAUGUCCAACAAAUCAUUAUAAAACAACAUAUGAUUAAUAUGAUUAAUAUCACGAAUAUUCCUUUUUGCAGUCCUCAAAUUCGUCCAUUCAUUGUUUUUUUUUCUUCAAGAAACUAAAAUCGAACAUUUAAAAACCUACGAACAGGUUACUUUUUAGCUGUAAACAGGGGAAUUGAUACCCACGAAUAAAAUUUCUUUCACAGUAAUGUUAUUUUCCUACAUAUUAUUACUUACUUUUUAAACGUGUAUUUGGUUACCAUGUGGUUAAUAAAUAAAGGCAACAGUAGUA